AUGACAACUUCAAUACAUGGCCCUAGUUCUUUUGUGUUGCUUAACCAAUCUCACCUCAAACCUGGUCACAGAGCCUCCCUACUCCCUUACUCUCAAACUUUAGAUUUAUAUCUUCAAAAUGCUAAAAAAACAAAUGACCCUGAGCUUCAGUUUGAAUUGGCUGCUUUUAUCAUCGAAGCUUCAAGAGUUAUGGAAGAACCCUCCAAACAAAAAAAAAGAGAAGAAUUGUGCAAAGAAGGAAUAUCCAUACUAAAAAAACUUUCGGAUAGAGGUCAUGCAAACUCUCAAUAUUACCUUGCCGAUUGUUAUGCAAAUGCUAUCGGUACACCAAAAAAUAAACCUGACUUUGACAAAGCUUUUCCCUUGUUUGUCCAAGCUUCUAAGCGCAAUCACCCUGGGGCCGCUUAUCGUGUAAGUAUAUGUUAUGAAAAUGGAUGGGGUUGUCGUAAAGACAAUGCUAGAGCUCUAAAAUUUUUAAAGAAAUCGGUACCAUCAGGUCAUCCUGGUGCUUUGUAUCGUCUAGGUAUUGUUGAAUUAAGAGGCGAGCUCGGCUCAUCAAAAAAACCUAGAGAUGGUGUAAAAUGGCUUAAAAGAUCAGCUGAAUUGGCAAACGAAGAAUUUCCACAUGCUUUACAUGAAUUGUCUGAGCUACAUGAGAAAGGUAUUGAGGACAUUGUAUUGGUAGAUAUGAAAUAUUCUAUUCAAUUGUUAACACAGGCUGCAGAUUUAGGCUAUGCUCCAUCUGCAUAUAAACUGGCCGAAUUUUAUGAGUAUGGAAAAAAUGGUUGUCUGCCAAAUCCUGCGCUCUCAAUUCACUACUACACAAUUGCCGCUCAACAAAACCAUUCUGAAGCUUGUCUUGCAUUGACAGCUUGGUAUCUUAUUGGAAGUCCUGGGGUGUUGCCUCAAAGUGACAGAGAAGCGUAUUUAUGGGCUAAACGUGCUGCUGAUCAAGGAUUGGCGAAAGCUGAAUAUGCUGUAGGUUACUUCUCUGAAGUUGGCGUUGGGGUUAAAAAGGAUCUAUCACGAGCCGCUGUUUGGUAUCAUCGCGCUGCUGAACAUGGUGAUAAAAAAGCUCAACAAAGAUCAAGGGCUACGCUGAUUGAUAACGUAAAGAAAAAUAAAAAAGACAAUUGUGUGGUUUCUUGA